UGAACACUUUCACUAACUUCUCUCUCCACCACCCCACGAACUUCUUUUCAAUUCUUUGGAUUUCUGUAUUUGAGACUAACAUUUUCCCCUACCCAAAAAGCCUCGGAAUUUUUUGUUUCCUCCAAAGUUUUCACUAUCGAUUGAUACCAUUUUUUCAGCUUCAUUUAUUGUUGGUGCUCUGUUUCUCCUCUGCUUUCAUGGGGAGUUCUGGGAAAUGGAUGAAGGCUCUUAUGGGGCACAGGAAGUCCGACAAAGAGGACAAUGAGAAGUUGGGUAGUAAAGCUAAGAAAUGGAGGCUAUGGAGGAGCCCAUCAGGGGAUUUGAGCUCUGCUUGGAAGGGCUACAAAGGGCUUCAUAAGGCAGCUUCUGAAGGCUCUAAUUCGCCGCGGGCGGCUGAUUCUUUUACCGCCGCCGUCGCCACCGUCCUCCGGGCUCCGCCCAAAAACUUCAGGGCUGUCCGCCAAGAAUGGGCUGCAAUCCGAAUCCAAACGGCAUUUCGUGGUUUCUUGUCUAGGAGGGCUCUUAGGGCCUUGAAGGGAGUGGUGAGGCUUCAAGCUCUGGUUCGGGGUCGUUUGGUGAGGAAGCAGGCGGCCGUGACGCUGAGGUGCAUGCAGGCUCUGGUUCGAGUCCAAGCUCGAGUCAGGGCUCGGCGUGUGAGGAUGUCGGUCGAGGGGCAGGCUGUGCAGCAAAUGCUCGACGAGCGUCACAGCAAGGCUGAUCUCUUGAAGCAAGCUGAGGAAGGUUGGUGUGAUAGCAAAGGGACAUUGCAAGAUAUCAAAGCUAAGUUACAAAUGAGGCAAGAUGGAGCAUUUAAGAGGGAGAGAGCAAUUGCAUACUCUCUUGUUCAAAAGCAAUUGAAGUCAACACCUAGCUCGACAUCGCAAAUAAAUGCUUCGAUUUAUGCUCUCAAGAAUUACGAGUUCGACAAGAACAAUUGGGGAUGGACUUGGUUGGAGAGGUGGAUGGCAGCGAAGCCAUGGGAGACGAGGUUGAUGGAACAAUCUCGCACCGAUUCCUUGGAGGCCACUCCGCCUUCAAAGAGCUGUACGGAGUCUGUCGUUUCUAAACAUUCCAAAGGUUCUGAACCAAGUCUGGUGAAAGUUAGAAAGAACAAUGUAUCGACCAGGAUUUCUGCUAGACCUGCCUCAAGUGGACAAGCUCGUUCUUGUUCCAGCCCGAGUUCCGACUUCUGGUACGACGAGAGCUCUGCUUCAUCUUCAAUCUGCACGUCGACAACUCCAGCCUCAGGGCACGCUUUCUCAGCUGCAGAAAGAACAGAGAACAGCAGUAACAGCAGGCCGAGUUACAUGAACCUUACCGAGUCGACAAAGGCGAAGCAGAGAACAAGUAGUCACUUGUCGCACCGAGUUCAAAGGCAGUCCAUGGAUGAGUACCAAUUCCUUCAGAAGUCAGCAGCUUUCUCAAAUGCGGAUUCUAAGAGCAGUGCAGGCUCUGAUUCUUCAGUCAAUCCCUUUAAGCCAUUGAUGCUGCCAACUCGACUGGAUAAGAAUGGAACUAAGCUAAGGUAUUGAACAAUUAGAUUGAGGCUUCAUUCAGCUGUGAGAUGAAAACCUGUUUCUGGUCAUUCUACAAGAGUUAAGAGUUCUAUCUCUGCCUUAUUUCAUAAUUUCUGCCAUCAAGAUUGUGUAUAAGAAUGGAACUAAGCUAAAAAACCUGCAUGUGCGUCCAAUGGAGAAUGGCUCGUUCUUUGUAUUAUAGGCUCUUGGUGGUCUUUUGUUAUCAUCCUUGUUUUUCCCACUUCUGCUUAAUUUGUUUAGAACUCUUUGGAUAAUCCUUGUUUUGGCCAUGGGAUAGAUGUGUAAUGCAAUAAUGUCAAUAUGAUCUAAUCUUGGCCUGAUUUGAUUGAAGCAAUGGAUGAAAUUGGAGUACUUUUUGGAA